CAGUCGCUCUAUUCUCACAAGGCGUUUGCUAUCUGACCGACGAGCGAUUACUUCCUUUACUCUCCUGCUCGUCAUUCUAUAAAUACAUAUACAGAUUUCUUUUUCCGUGUGUGCCCAUGUAGGUCUGGAUAAAAGUUUUUUCUCCCCCCCUUCUCCAUUUUUUUGCGUUGAAUUUGUCUUGAGUGCAUCGAGAUCCUGGGUUUGAAUUCUCGUGGUAGAUACAUAUUAUAUUUAAGAGAGAAUUAGUUUUUGUUUCUCUCUCUCCUGUGCGUCUGAAGACAAGUUGUGGAGUUUCAAGCAACUCUCUCUCUCUCUCUCUUCCCCUCCUCCCUCUCAAUUCCAAUACCACCUUCGCAAGCGAGCAGCAGCUGUUUGACCGCUCUGCUUCUUGUCUGUCUUUCUGCGUCUUGUGAGCGAGGAAGGUCUACGCCGAGACAACUUGGCCAGGCGAGAAUCUGAAGCUUGUUCGCCCGUGGGCAGAAAGGGAGAGAGGGCAACGGGAGGCGGACAGACCCAGAGAAGCAAGACAGCGAAAAGAGACAGAAGUUCAUACUUCAUUCGUAAACGGUGGAUGUUACAGUGAGAACAGUGGAUUGACGGCGAGAGAUCUGUUCGAUCUUUUUUUCCUUUUUUUUGUAAUUGACGAAAGUUGAGGUGAUUUCCCCCUCUCUCUCUUCGCCUGAUUCCUGUUGGGAUACAAUAUCUAAUCCAGCAACCAUGAACUCGCUUCUAAGUUUGCUGAACUGUUUCCUAGUCACCCUGCUAUACUUUGAUACUGCAAAGAUGGCGCACAUCCCGAACGAGAGACCACGGAGAAGUGAAGUGAUCAAAUUCAUGGAGGUGUGGAACAGGAGCCAUUGUCAACCCAUGGAGAUACUAGUUGACAUUUUGCAGGAGUAUCCUGAGGAAGUGGAGCACAUCUUCAAACCCUCUUGUGUGCUUCUAAGGAGAUGUGCAGGGUGCUGCAGCGAUGAAGGGCUAGAGUGUGUGCCCACGGAAGUGAAUGAAGUGACGAUGGAGGUAAUGAAAAUCAAGCCCCACUAUGGGAACCAUUUAAGUCAGAUGCACUUUGUAGAGCACAGUAAAUGUGUUUGCAGUCCAAAGAAAGAUAGACGCGAUGCAGCAAAAAGCAAGCCGAAGAGAGGGAAAGGAAAGGGUCAGAGACGGAGGAGAAAGAAAAUCAGAGCGAGACAAAGCAGGCCUCACUGUGAGCCUUGCUCAGAGAAGAGAAAGCACUUGUUUAUUCAGGAUCCACAGAGCUGUAAAUGUUCGUGUAAAUUCACACAUUUACGUUGCAAGUCAAAGAGGCUUGAGUUAAAUGAACACAGUUGCAGGUGUGAAAAACCCAGGAGAUGAGGGCGGAGGCAUGGAAACGAGAUAUAUUUUCGGUUGGUUUUCUAAUCAUUGCUUAUUUUGAAAACAAACGUGUCUUUUUUUUGAGAAAGAAGACAAAGACAUGAAGGAUAGAAUGAGCACAGCACUUUGAAUUCAAUAAAAAAAGAUUUCCAGAGGCAAAUUUAUAAAAAAAAUACAAAAAGAGUCAUUCCUGGGAAGAAGGCCUUCAAUGAUUCGUGGUGAUAUAUAAUUCUAAAGAGGCCGAUUAUUAUACAAACACAUGCUGCUAGAAUUACUUGGAAAACUGUUGAUGAAGAGACGAAUCCCAGAUCUUCUGAUUCUAUUCAUUGGGUCAUUCUUUUUAAAACAUAUAUACAACUCAAGCUUGCGAAAGACUUCGUCUAAUGUUUGAAGAUUUAAAUAUAUCUUAUAUAAAUGUAUGGACGCUUAGAAGCUUCAAGUCAAAGACCCGCCAUUUUCCAGGGAAUGAUGAACAAGGAAAAAGAUGUUUUAAUUGGAAGGGUCGGACUUCAGGGGGUGGUGAGCGUGAAAGUAAAAACACGUGCCUCACGACUCUACUUUUCAAAACAGAAUUGGAGACUUCACUAACCCGCCUCCCCCCACAAUCGGACUAACAGCACCCACGCAACCAAAUGUGGUGGAGACUGGAAGCCUAACUGUCGAAGAGGACCCAGCUGGGAGUCCCAAAGGACUUGAUUCUCCAAGACCCUCUCUGUUGACAGAAGCAUAUUCCAAUCCUGUACACUCCCACCGCCCUGCCCAACCCGCGCCCAACAUCAACCCCCCGACCCCUCAAACUUUCUGCCCGACAACAGCCUGAAUCAUGUCACUAAGAAACCUUUGUGAAAAUUUGGGUCGCUACCACUGAAACGUUCAAAAUGGGACAUCUGGGUCACAACGAGGCAACAGACGGGGGAAAUGAGAAAGGACUGCAGAGGUACAUAGUCCGACGAAAGAGCGAAACCAAAGGGCUGGGAAUAUUCUGCAGAGAGGCUGGAAAUGGUUUUUGCUGCUGGCCUGGCCGUACCUUUUCUAAGGCCGUGCACGUGCGUGAGUGUGUGUGUGUGUGUGUGUGUGUGUGUGUGUGUGUGUACACGUGUGUGUGUGUGUGUGUGUGUGUGUGUGGAGUUGGUAACUUUAAGCCAAUUUGCUGUUUUGUUUUUGUCUUCUAGAUUAUAAACUCCCCACACCCCCUUCCCAUCUCAAUUGCAAAAGGAAGAACCCCCAACCCCAACAUAAAGGUUGGCAAAUUGUUUAAGAUUUCUCCCAAAUUCACCUGUGACUCCCUGGCCUUUCCUACAGAUUCAGUUAUUCCUUGGGGGCACAUUGACAUUUCUGAUUUGCUCCAUUGAAAGAUAGCUGAUGUAGAACAUCACUGGGGUGGGAAGGGGGGGGCGGCGCAGUGAGGAUAGGUGUUGGGGGGACAUCAUACAGUUAAAAUCGGGUGCAGUCCAGCUUUGCAGAAUCAAACACAAGGUUCUGAGGAAGUUGUCACUGGACCCGAAACAUUAACUCUAUUUUCUCCUCCACAGAUGCAGCGAGACCCGCUGAGCUUUUCCAGCAACUUCUGUUUUUGUUCCCGAUUUACAGCAUCCACAGUUCUUUUGGUUUUUAUUUUGUGGAAUCAAAGGCUAGUUGUGACUGAACCCCUUAUGGAGGUAAAAAGCUAAAACAGGGUCGGCAAUGUUAGACUCACUUUGGGGUCUGAAUUGAGCGAGCACUAUCCUGCCAGAAUGCCCACCAUGAUCCAGAAAAGUGCCCCUCCCCACACACACUUGGUCGAGGGCAUGGACCCCCGUUUAAUUAGGGGAGAGGGUGGGCAAUGAGACUGUGCACCAUUGAUGAACCCUUCAUUAAGCGUUCAUCCUGUACAAAAAGACUGGGACCUUGAGCGUGGGUGUAGACAGAAAUCAUCCCGAAACGCAGUUUGGGACCGAAAGCCAAGGCCCUAAAUCAAGGGGCAGCACCCAUUGUCUUAGAAGAUAUUGGAGAUAAUCACUUGAGCUCUACUGAUCCUGAAUACAUAUCCCUAUGGGUCUUGUUUAUGUUGGGAGGGGGAGUGGGUCAGUCGGUGAAAAUAUACUGUGUAAAUUUCUGUUAAAUUCUUCAACGCAGCAGAAGUGAAUCUUGUGAAGCAGUCUUACGUAUGCUUGCAGUUUGUUGGCGUUUUACAGUUGUCACGGCAAUUCAUAUACCCUCUCUGGCAUGGUUCUCCAUGCACACCAACUCCCCCCCCCCACCCCGCGAGCACAACAACCUUGUUUUUGGCCCCUGCAGCCCCUCCUGGAUCUCCCAGCCCAACCCUGACCCAUCUCUCCCCACUCUCUCCACCAAACCAUAACUAAUAUGGUGGCAGCAAUACCUCGGGCCCGGGCCUAUGAGUAGCAGUGACCAGUUGGAGAGACUGCUCUCCACAGCACCAUUGUGGUGAUAUUGUGAAUUGAAGCACAUUCCUACACAUAUAACACACGUUGUACACUAAGCUGGCUUGCUCCAAAUGGUAGGCUGGAUUCUGGCCUCCAUGACCUGGGAAACAAAUGAAUGCCCUGGCCAAAACAAAACCAAACAGGAUAUACUGCGUGCCAGAAACACCCCUAAUCACCAACAUUUCCAUAGCGUCUCGAUCGAUUAGAAAACCAAAGCAGGGAUCUGCUGCAGGCAAAUGACCUGAUUGCUUUUUCUCUUUACAUAUGGCACAUCGUCCAGGUGCUGCUUCGCAAUAUGAGACAGAAACACCUAACCCAAAUGUACCCGCUCCUAGACCUGCUCCUCCUUUCCAAGACACCCUCACCUUCCCUGAAAGGCUGAUGCUUGAAGGACAAACUUAAAAACUAACUGUUAUGAACUGCUGUGUACUUUGGAGUUGAGAAUUAUUGGAUUAAAUUGUGUCUUCAGCCUGUUUUAAAUUAAGAGAAGGAGGGGAACGAAAGAAAAAUUCACAACAGUGAUUCUUUGCGCAAUGUUUAUAGUCACAUUUUUAGUAUAUUUUUUUGUCACUUAAAGUAUAUUUAUUGGUGCUACUGUCUCUCUGUUCAUAAUUGUUAAAAGAAUACUGUUUAAAUAUUAACAAUAUUAUUUUGUGUAGUUAAUUAUUCCGUAG